AUGCCAGCUGGGACGCUGACAGGGCUUGGUCCGGAGGGGGUUGGGGUGCCGCCUGUUGCGCCUGGGAGAUCGGCGUCGUCGGCUCCUCUUGUGGCAGUGGAGCGCCCUGAGCGCUCGCCGAUGGAUUUCCUCGGCGCUCUGGGCCGCGACUGCACCGCGGAGAGCGAUCCCGCUCCCCGUCCGCUUCCUCUUGCACGCCCUGCCGCGAGCGUACCUGUUGCUCCCCCGGCGUCCGCUGAUCAGAUCCGCCGCCGCUUCGAGGACCAGCAGCGCGAGCUGGCUCGGCGCGCGGGCAGUGUUCGCCCCGUCGUCGCUCAUCGGCAGCUCGCGACAAUAAGCGGGAGAGCCGCCGCGAUGAUCGUCACGGUGCGGCCCGUUCACCGCCGUCUCCUCGUUCACCUCGUCGCGUGGCGUCGCGGAGCCGAUCCCGUGACCUCCGCUCGCAUCGUCAUCGUUCGCCUCCUCAUCGUUCAUCUCGCCAGCGGUCGCCUGCCCGCCAGACGUCUGGGCGUCGGCCCCCAGCUCCGCAUUCGCCCCCUCCUGCAAAACGCCAACGGCUCUACUCCCCUCGUCGUGGGGACCGUUAUCCUGGUCGCCAGCGUCAGCAGGGCCCAUCUCGCCCGCAGUCGCCUGUGCGCUCGAGCGCAAGUGGGCGUGCGCAUCGUGGGCGACGGGGGGGUGACAGUCGCGGCGGAAAAAGCCGGUCCAGCACCGUCCGCAAUGGAGCGCCGUCUUCUGGAUAGGCUUGAUGACGUGGAGAAAGAGCUUCGUCGCUCGCGUGCGGGGUCGGCGUCACCAUCAGCUCCUCUCGCUGCUCCCGUCGUCCCUCUCUCCGCGCUCCUGCCCCACAAUCCCUUUGGAUCCCCGGCGCGUUCAGAGCGGCCGUUGGUUGUGGGGAUGGGCUUCGUGGGUGCUGGUGGCGAGCCGCCGUGGGCUCAGUUUGCUCCGCCGCGUCCUCUUCCUGCUCCGCGUGAUCUCCGAGUGUCGACUCACCGUGCCCGCGCGUCUGCGUUGCUUCCGCCGAUGAAGGAAGUUCCCACGGCGACCCUGGCCCGCUUAUGCUGGCUGGCGGCGUCCCUGCAGAGUCUUGAGCAGAUUCUCCAGGAGUCAUUUGACUCCAUGCCGGUGAGCCCUCCGAGCAGGUUCUCUCAGAAGCCGCGAGCAGAUUGUCAUGCGGCGGCGUCAGCGCUAUUCGCGCUCGUAACGCCACUGCAGGUAGCGCCCUCGCCGGGAGCAACCUCGGCCAGCCAGCUGGCUGACUCGGCCCUGGCUCUGAGGACGCUUGUAGCAGGCCCUGGUACUCCUGUUGACGUUGUAGGCGCCACCGUGUCUGUGGUCCGCCAGUUGUGGUUGAACACGAGCGGAAUGCUCGCUGCGGUAGAGGCGGACCGCAUGUAG